GCGUCCCUGGGCUUCCGCGCCGGCCACGGCUCCCCGCCGCAGUCCGGUGCGUGCGCGGCUGCGGACGCGGCGCCUUCCCCGCGCGCGGCGCGGACGCAGCGGGCCGCCGCCGGGAGCCCGGAGGAGGCCGCCCCGGAGAGCCCGGAGGAGGGCGGCGGCGGCGGCGAGGCGACGGCGGCGGGGCGCGCGCCCUUGCCCUUGCCCUGGCCGCCCGGGGCGGGCGCGGCGCUCGGCGAGCCCGACCUGGUCCUCGAGGUGCCGGGCGGCCAGCUGCGCGCGCACAAGGCGGUGCUGGCCGCGCGCUCCGACUUCUUCCGCGCGCGCGCGUCGCGGGACGUGCUGCGGGUGCCGGGCGUGGGCCUCGCGGCGCUGCGGCUGCUGCUGGCCUUCGCCUACAGCGGGCGCAUGGAGGGCGUGCGGCCCGACAACGUGGCCGAGCUGGCGGCGGGCGCGCGCCGCCUGCAGCUGCCCCGCGCCGCGCAGUGCGCCGCCGACGCCGUGGCGCCGCAGCUGAGCCUGGCCACCUGCCUGGACGUGCUGGGCGCCGCCAAGCGCCAGCGGCUGGGCGAGCUGCGCGACGCGGCGCUGCGCUUCAUGAGCGACCACUACCUGGAGGUGCUGCGCGAGCCGGCCGUGUUCGGGCGGCUGUCGGGCCCCGAGCGCGACCAGCUGCUGCGCCGCCGCCUGCGCGCCGGCCGCGCCCGCCUGCUGGCCGCCGCGCUGGGCCCGGGCCCGGGCGGGGAGCGCGCGGGCAGCCGGCCGCAGAGCCCGGGCGCCGGGGCCGAGGGCGAGGGCGAGGGCGAGGGCGAGGCCGCCGCCGCCGCCGCCGUCUACUGCUACGAGCCCGCGGCCGGCGGGUGGCGCGAGCUGACGCGGCUGCCCGAGGACGCGCCGACCCGCGGCUGCGGGCUGUGCGUGCUCUGGAACUACCUGUUCGUGGCGGGCGGCCUGCGCCCCGCGGGCCCCGACGGCCUUGCGCGCGCCUCCGACCGCGUCUUCUGCUACAACCCGGCCACGGGCCGCUGGAGCGCGCUGCGGCCGCUGCGCCAGGCGCGCUCGCAGCUGCAGCUGCUGGCGCUGGACGGCCACCUGUACGCCGUGGGCGGCGAGUGCCUGCUGAGCGUGGAGCGCUACGACCCGCGCGCCGACCGCUGGAGCGCCGUGGCCCCGCUGCCGCGCGGCGCCUUCGCCGUGGCGCACGAGGCGGCCGCCUGCCGCGGCGCCAUCUACGUGUCCGGCGGCUCGCUCUUCUGCCGCCUGCUGCGCUACGACCCGCGGCGCGACGAGUGGCAGGAGUGCCCGGGCAGCGGCAGCCGCGAGCGCUCGGCCGACAUGGUGGCCCUGGACGGCGCCCUGUACCGCUUCGACCUGUGCGGGGCCCGCGGCGACGGGGCGGGUGCGGGCGGCGUGCGCGUGCUGCGCUACCACUGCCUGGCCAAGCGCUGGAGCGCGAGCGCGGCCGCCCUGCGCCCGCCCGGCCCCGCCGCCGCCGCCGCCACGCAGCCCUUCCGCUGCGCCGCGCUGGACGGCAGCAUCUUCUGCGUGAGCCGCGCGGGCACCUGGCGCUUCGUGCCCGCGCCCGACGGCGACGACGCGGGCGGCAGCUUCCAGGCCGAGCCGCUGGGAGCGCCGCCGGACGUCCGCGGCGUCCUGGUCCCCUUCGUGCUCAACCUGCCGGAGGAGAAGCCGGAGCAGGCCGAGGGCGGGGAUGAAGAGGCGGCCGAGAGUGGCGGCAUGUAG